AUCGACCACGUCAUGCUGCUGGCGCGACCUGCGGCCAGCCUUCGGCGAACGCCCCCACUGGUGAAAGGGCUCUUCAUCGUUCGCAACAAGAGCGGGUAUGUGCAGAAGACGGUUAUCCCAACCUUCCACUUCCAGAAGUCUCUCACGAGACUGCCGAUUCCGUCUCUGGACGACACGUUGAAUCGCUACCUUCUCGCAGUGCAGCCCGUCGUGAGUGCCAACGAGUUCGACGCGACCAAGCGAGCCGUGGAGAAGUUCCGCAAGCAAGACGGUCCGGAGCUGCAUGCGGCAUUGGUCGAACGCGACAAUGCGUCGCCAGAGACGAGCUACAUCAACAAGUGGUGGUUUGACAUGUACGUGCAGGACCGCCAGCCCCUCGUGAUCAACGUCAACCCCCAGAUCAAGAUCAAGGACGACCCGGCGCCGGAGAAGAACACGCAGAACCAGCGCGCGGCGUCGCUGAUUGCAUCGUCGGUUCGCGUCUUCCGCACGCUGCGCGACCGCCACUUGGAGCCCGAUAUCUUCCACACCAAGCCCAACUACUCCAAGACAUCUGCGUUCAACACGUUCUGCAAGUUCCUUCCCGAGUCGGUGUCGUUCUACGGCGCCGCGGCGCUGGGCGCGUACCCGUUGGACAUGAGUCAGUACAAGAACUUAUUUCACUCGACGCGCAUUCCGGGCGUAGGCCAGGACAAACUCGAGCUGUUUCCAGCCUCCAAGCACAUCGUGGUGCAAUAUGGGUCGGCGUUUUACAAGUUUAACGUGUUGAAGGACGACGGGACGGCCGUGGCGGACGCCGACAUCUUGGCGGCAAUCGAUUCCAUCUUGAAGAAUCGGCCGGUCGAGUCGGCGGCGGCGCUGGGCGUGGGCCUCCUCACGACCCUGCCGCGGGACGACUGGGCCCGCGCCCGUACCGCGCUCGUGCAGUCGGAUACCGUGAAUGCAUCCAGCCUCCAUGACAUUGACAGCGCCUUGUUUAUGGUGACGCUGGAGCACACCGCGCCCGAGUCCCCGGCUGCCAUUUCGCGCACCUUUUUGCACGGAGACGGGGCCAACCACUGGUUUGACAAGAGUUUUCAGCUGAUUGUCGCGGCUAACGGCAAGGCAUCGGUGAAUUUCGAGCACUCGUGGGGCGACGGCGUCGCUGUGCUGCGUUAUUUGAAUGAAAUGUACACGGACAGCAUCCAGCAUGGCGCGUUGCCGACCGGUGGAACCACCACGACGACGACUAGUUCUGCGAUCCCCCUCCAAUGGAACCUCUCGGCCGAGACUAAACGUACCCUGGAACAAGCCAAGCACACGUUUGACACGUGGACGCAUCGGCUGUUGAUUGACGUGGCCGAGUCGCCGGUCACGCGGCAGAUCGCAUCGGACUAUGGCAUCGGCACGGACGGCGUCAUGCAGAUGGCCAUCCAGCUGGCGCACUUCCGACUCCACCGCGGGUUUGUGUCGACGUACGAGAGCGCGAGCACGGCGGCAUUCAAGCACGGUCGGACCGAGACCAUCCGGUCGUGCACGAACGAAGCCGUGGCGUUUUGUCAUGCGAUAGAAUCGACGCGCGUACUUUCGGCGGACAAGGCAGCGGCGCUGCGGCGGGCCGUCAAGAAGCAUGGCGAGCUGACCAAGAACGGAGUUAUGGGCCAAGGCUUUGAUAGGCACUUGUUUGGGCUCAAGAAGAUGGCAGCGCUGCAGGGUGCGCCCGUGCCGGAACUGUUUGAGCUGCCGUCGGCGGCCAUCAUGAGCCGGAUCAUCCUGUCGACGAGCACCCUCUCGAGUCCGAACCUGGACGGCGGGAGCUUUGGCCCUGUGAACGACGACUGCUACGGCAUCGGGUAUGGCAUCGAAGCGCAGGGGUCGGUGUUCCAGCUGGCGAGUUAUCGGUCGGAUCUCCCUGACCUCAAGGCGGCGCUGAUCUCGAGUCUCCAUGACAUUGAAGCUGUGCUCCGCGAGACCAAAAAGUAGCUUAACGUGUGUAUUGCUCAAGUGCAUUGGAACUCGUCCAUGUAUUUUAGUAACUAGUAGUGGUAGUAGUGCUCAAGGACGGACGCAUUGAAGUUCAGUUGCUCGCAGCAAGACAACACUGUAGGUAGAUAAGAGCUGCGACUCAGGCGACUGUGGCACAUGUACGCGAUUUCCAGUAGGCCAUAUCUUUGGAUGAUCUACGCCAUGUAUGCUGGCAUGUCGUCGCAUGUGCAGUCGCGUCUUGGGACGACAUG